AGGUGGAGUCACCCCGGGGCCUGGACCGGAACCUGCUGGAGUCAGCCCCCUUCAAGCGGCCUGGCUCAUGGCUGUGUGGGGACUGAGAGGCCGCCUAGGCCUGCGUGGGUGCUUCCGCGCCGGCAGCCUCCUGCAUCCCCGUUUCCAGAACCUCGGCCCUCAGGGCGUGGAAGAUGGGGACAGGCUACAGCCUUCCUUGAAGACACCCAAGAGCCCGAAGAUCUACACCAAAACAGGAGACAAAGGGUUUUCUAGUACCUUCACAGGAGAAAGGAGACCCAAAGACGACCAAGUGUUUGAAGCCAUGGGAACUACAGAUGAAUUAAGUUCAGCUAUUGGGUUUGCUAUGGAAUUAAUUGAGGAAAAGGGCCACACCUUUGCCAAAGAGCUUCAGAAAGUCCAGUGCAUGUUGCAGGAUGUCGGGUCCGCCCUGGCGACACCACGCUCCUCGGCCAGGGAAGCUCACUUAGAGCACACCGCAUUUGAAGAAGGGCCUAUCCUGGCGCUAGAGCAGUGGAUCGACAAAUACACCAGCCAGCUGCCCCCUCUCACAGCUUUCAUUCUGCCUUCUGGAGGCAAGAGCAGCUCUGCACUGCAUUUCUGUCGGGCCGUGUGCCGCCGGGCUGAGAGACGCGUGGUGCCUCUUGUCCAGACGGGAGAGACUGAUGCAAACGUGGCCAAGUUCUUAAACAGACUCAGUGACUAUCUCUUCACGUUAGCCAGAUAUGCAGCCAUGAAGGAGGGGAAUCAAGAAAAAAUAUACAAGAAAAACGACCCAUUGGACUGAGCCCAAGGCAUUUUGAAAUAACAGAAAGAGGGAACUUUGUAGACAGACCUCUUUGUGGUGACAGUGGGGAAGGCAGGAGCUUGCACGUCCCCUGCCAUUCGCCUCCAGGGACUGUGGCCCUCUUCAGAGAUUCUGCCCUGCUUCCCCAAGGGCUUGCAGGGAAGCAGGAGUGAACUCAGUAUUGCCAGGAAGAAAGAUGAAGGAAGACAAAGUGUGAAUCAAGAGGAAAACGGAAAAAUGAAUAAAAGUGGGCAAGGCUUGAGGGGUGUGUGUGUGUGUGUGAGAGAGAGAACCUUCCCAUCACCAGCUCAGAUUGUUCAAGGAUUUGGAUUGGAACCAAAGGCCCUUGGAAAUGUCAUUGUGAUUUACCUGUGCCAAAGGAGCAUUAAAGGUCACAUUUAUAAAGGGGAAGGCAGACAGGAUUUGGAAGUUUAGUCACCUCUGAGCCAAGGUGUGGGCGAUGGGUGGCAGCAGAUUGGCAAGUGAGGCCUCAGAAACUCUGGGGUUGGGUUGAAGUGUGGGUGCCCGGGGUGUAGUGCAGAGGGUCCCCACUGAAAGGGAUGGAGACCUGGUGAGACCAACACCACCGCUUAGUGGCACUGUGCAGAGUCUGGGGUCCAAGGAAGAGCCUAUUCAUUUUGAGAAAUGAGGUCUUCAGUUUCCAGCAAGGCUGACACGAACCAGACUGACUUCUCUGAUGUUGCACUUGGCUGGUUUAGCCUCUGAGAUUCAUGCCACUGCUGUAUUUUAUUUCAGUUGUCACCACUGCUCCCUCCUGCUAUGAAACGACACCGCCAGUGCCAGCUGUGUCCUUGGGAAGGGGGAUAUUUAUGAAGGGCAGAAAGGCAGCCUGGAGAACAUAGAGAUUCCAUGCUGCUAAUUGCAGGAAGUGAAUUCGGAAGGGCAGGCUCUUGCCGAUUGUCAGGGCUGAAAUACCUGAUGAAGUCACUUCAGCCAUCCUUUAUUGAUUGAGUGCCUGCUUAGCAUGGGGCACCAUGCCAGGCUUAGGAAGGCUGGUCACUCUGGCCAUUGUCCUUGCUGGCAAGACAGCAAACACUAAACUCUCAGUUGUGUACAUCUUUUUGCCGUCAUUCUUACCACCUCGCCUGCUAAUUUUGCAGGAGGAGCAGGCAUGUCCACGGCUUCUGGGUGCUUUCUUUGCCAGUGGUGCAGAUGACCAUGAGUGAAUGAAUACCCUCCAGGAGGUGGCUGUGUGCAGUGCCUCCUACCUGGUGGUUAGUACCAGGCCUGGCACAUAGCAUGUGCUUAGUGUCUGCAAAUACAAGUGAAAACAGGAAAAACAUGUGUGUUCAGGAGAAGCUAAUGGUGGUUAGCUGCCAUGUGAUCAUGCCUUGCUUGGCCACAGAGUCGCAUGUUCCAGUAGCUUGCAGUGGAUUGCUCAUUUCUGCCUGUACCUCAAAGUCUUACCAGAAAGAUUAGGAUGUAUAAAACAAUAGCCCCGUGCUCUAGCCAUGGUAAAGCACAACCUACAAAGGACGAGAAAAGCUCUUUGAGUAAAUACAACAUCCUCAAGUGACAGUCUUUGAAACAAGGCCAUUUGCCUGUUGCCAAGUCCUAUCCCCACUUCUCCUUCCAGGAGCAGUAGGACAGACAUGAACAUUGGUCCUCAGGUCCCUGGCUUCGUAUCUGCCUUUCCUUUAACCAGCAGCACUUCCCUGAGAGAUGGUCCAGGUGCAGGGCAGAUGCAACAUCUUGGCAGGUUUUUCCCUAUGCUAGAAAAACUGAGAAAGCUUGCUUUGGGGGCCAGGAGGAUGGGUUGUUUGAAACAUUAGUUCUUCCACAGUGCCUCACAAAGCUGUUUUAGAACCCAAGGCAAAAGGAAAACUAUUUACUCUGCUAACACUGAUGAAAGCAUCCUCCCAUAUUUUGAACUAGGUGGAAAGAGUUAAUAAAAGCUUGACCAUCAAAAAACAGGCCUGUCACUAAAGCCCGUGUUGCCCCUUGCAUUUGCACAUGCGUCAUUGUUGACCUUUGUAAAUGAUCGUUCCCAUCACAGUAACACAGGGUUGCAACAUAAGCCACAGUGCUUGGCUAUCAUACUUUUUUUUUCACAGCUUGAUCUUGGAAAAUAACUGCCUGAAAACAUUUCUUGAUCACCGAGUUUGUUGACACUCCCACGCAUCUUGCACCCACAAAAAGCACCUCCCCCACCUAACUCAAGUCCAGCUUGGGCUCCCUGGAAUACAGUGGGUAGCAUCGUUAUCAGAGAUGAGCUGGUGGUUGGAUCUUCCACCUGAAGAGAAGCCCACGGUAACAAUGACACCAACCCGAGCUGUGGCAGAGCCCCCGGCCAGGUGCUUCACAGAUGUCUCAUUUAAACCUCAUAGCAACCCCGGGAGGAGGUAUUCAAUGUGCUCAGCUUUGCAAGUGAGGAAAUUUAGACCCAGAGAGGGGAGGAAACAAGCUGUCCUGGUGAAUUGGUGACAAAACGUAGGCCUAGGCCGUGGCCCCACUCCACCGCCACUUGACAGUCAUUUUAAUCACGAUUGGGGCUGCAGCGAACAAUGCCAGGCACUAAUAGAGCCUGCUGUCUCAUUUCUCAACCUAGUUUCCCUUAACUGAUAUUUCAUGGUUACUGCUAAUGGGCGUUUUUCACCGAGUAAUUUCCACAGCCUGAACUUGUAACACAUCCCAAUGACAAACGUCCCAGGUUCCGAAUCCCCCAUCAGCUGCAAUGUCACCCUCGCCCCCUUCCGACUGCCCAUCCAGUUUUAUGACCACUCUUCCCAAUGAUAGCUGCUGAACCUUUAAGAAUCCAGACACAUUUCAAGUUUAAUUGAAUAAAAUUCUUUGUAUCAUAAAUUCCGCAUGAAUGCUACAUAAA